AGUGUGCAGAGCUACCGUGACGCAAGAAUUUAAUUUUUGCUGGUAAAUUCUACAUUUCUGCUGUGAGAUAAACAGUUCUGGCCGAAUUCCGAUCCAACCAACGUAUACACCAUGGAAGGAAAGCCGCAAUCAUCUUCGCGUACACCUAGCGACUUUUUGAAUUCCGUCAUCGGACGCCAAGUGCUUGUCAAGCUUAAUUCUGGCAUCGACUACCAAGGAGUUUUGGCGUGCUUAGACGGCUAUAUGAACAUUGCUUUGGAGAACACUGAAGAAUAUGUUGAUGGGAAAUUAAAGAACUCCUAUGGCGAUACUUUCAUUCGCGGUAACAACGUCUUGUAUAUCAGUGCCGCAAAGUCAACUUGAUUAGCUCGAGCUUCUUACAUUACACUUUAUAUUGUUUGUCUCUGGUUCUGGUCCUGUAUUAUAUAUACAUAAAAAUUAUCUUUCAUUCAUUGCCUCGGUCUUUUGACCUCAAUGGGU